AUGACAGUGGGCCAUACUUAUUAUACACCUUCAAAGAAGACGUUUUCUCUUUCUCGAGAAGGAGAGCAUCAGCUGCAAAGGAGACGUUUUCCUGAAAAAAAGAAAAGCAUUGACGUCUUUCGCACUUAUAUACAUAAUCUCAAUAACCCAUCUACCGGAAGUUCGUUUACUUCAGGGUUACGGCCGACCUCACCCGCGCCUGAUGUUCAAGAGGCUCAGGGAGACAAAAUGGAUAAACCCAUCGCUCAAAAUUCUCACGGAGAUCCUCCAAAGCCUUCACGGGAUCGCCUUGGCGAUUCCCUAAGAGGAUAUAUCAACAAGGUGAACUCACUUGACGAUUCUUCUUUGAAAUUUGAGUGCUCUUCUUCCAAUAAUGCGGGGUAUGCCAAUUCUGCUUUUUUGCAGGAAGAGAGGCAUUUUAUACACGCACUUCGUCAUCAAACCACACAUCGCAUACGGCAAGAGCAGCACGCCCACCUCUUCUCCGCCUUUGUACGCGCGCAUGAGGUGAUCAAAGAAAUCGAAAAAGAUCUCCGCCAGAUUGGUGGGUGCAAAAUGACUGGUUUUAAAAAUAAUGAAGGCGAAAAGACUGCUAUUACGUCGGAUUAUUCCGUCGAGGCGCGUGUUUUUCAGCUGGUAGGGCGGACGCAGCGUGCGCUGAGAGGGCUUACCACCAUUCAUUACACCGCUGCCGCCACCUUACCGUUAAACGAUGGGCGGGUUUCCUCGCUUUUUUCCAGGGAACAAAACAGCCGAGAGCGAGUUCGACUUCUUUUGAGCUUUGUGAAAACUGCCACCGAUAUUUUGCAUCAUAUUCGCGCCUUACCGCGCCGGACGAGCUAUUUUAUUUCCCCUGCUCAGGCGGAAACGUACUUUCGCACCAGCGGCGUCUGCCAUGCCUCGAGCGAGGCGAUCAAAGCACUUUUCGCGACCGGGGAUUCUUUACUGUCGAUGGAAAAUGCCGUCCUGCGGCUUUUUCACCUCGCGCUUUUUCUCCCGGUGGAGAUGUCGCCCAUUUUAACCAUUCAAACGCGGGAAAUCCCCGAGAGCGACGGGGGAGCUCUUCUGCCUGCUCAAAUGCGCACGGAGGAGUGGUGCGUGCGCGUGCUUCUUUCGCACCCCUCCCCAUCCCCCCUUUAUCAUCACAAUGUGAAGAAACCAAACCCAAUGGGGAAUAGGAAGGAAUGGGCGAGGGGGAAAGCGCCCAACGCGAAGGGUCUUUUCCCCUCGCAGCGCAUUUCCGUUGUCCGGGCGUGCAUGAUGGCGACAAACACUUCAUCACCCUCGUCGGGGGCGUGGGCGGGCGGGAUGGGGGGGGAUCGCGGCGCCUUGCGCGUCCCCUACGGCCUCGGAAAGGCCUACGCCGAAGCGCUCAUUCGGGACUUCGCCCGGAAUCAGGGCCCUCCCGACGCGAGUACGGCUGUCGGGGAUGAAGUUCCACAAAAAGACCUCCCCUGGGAGCUCCACGUGCAGGAUAUGGCGACGUUGUGUGCGGCGAUUAUUUAUUUUGAGGUCCACACGCGUGAGGCGGUGAAGCUGCUCGUGCGCGGGGCUCCUUUUUGCAUGCAGGAGGUGGACUUGCUUAAUGGGCGCGAGAUCAGCUCUUUGAUGCUCGCCUACGCGAUGCUGCGGUAUGAUGGGAACGUUCAGGGCUCUUCCGAGGCGCCUAUGGCGGACGCAUCGAAUCCUUCGCAAGAUGAGACCCUCAAUAAGAAACAUAAGGAGGGAAAGAACUUUUAUCUCGAGCUCGGGACGCGUGCGGGGAGGAUUGCGGAUUCGCUGAGCGAGGCCGAUGUUGAGCGGAUUUUGCGUGCGCUCGAGCUAAUCGGUAUUCCGCAUAAGGAUCUUCGGGCCUCGUUGGAGUCUAGCCUGCGUAUGCGUUCCUUGAAUCGUAAAGUAUGUUUUAAUAUAGGAUAA